GAAUGAACAUGAAUACGAACAUGAACCAGUAAGCCGCUGAACCCCGUUAAGCGCGACUGGACGACCAGACUAACGCCACAAUAUGAACCGAAAGAUGAUUUAUGGGAUGCUUUGGAAAUUCGUCUUCGCGAUCGUGUUGCUGAAUUCCCCUUCAGAUGCAGCGCCUGCAGAGUCUCUGCCAACGCUCACAUGCAACGUCAGCCAGCAGGCCGAUGGAUUCCACUACAGUCUGUCCCGACCGCCCCUUUCCUCAGAGUGCAUGACGUCCUGGGAGUUAAAGAACAAAACUGUGAUCGCCCGGGAUUCUGAAUUUGAUAAACAACGGGUUCAGAGUCUGACAAACCAGUCGCUCACCACGAAGGACUGCCAGCCCGGUCUGCACUACAAAAGCGACUGCUCCGAGGGCUGGGAUGAAGCCUCCUGUGAAGUCAACUGCAGCCUUAUCUUGGAUCUCAAGGAUAAUCUCACAACCACCGUGAACUCGACGUUGAUCUGCAUCACGGAGAGCUGGUGUCUGACCAAGCUCAUAUUUGGUCUUGGGGUCAUCGCUAUUGUGAUUGUAUUCGGCAUCCUCGUGGCUCUGCCGUGCUGGAUUAUCAGCAAAUGCAGCAGAGGAGGAUCUGAGACCCCGAGUGUUGCAUACAGUUGUGCCAAUGGGAAGAAUAACAUGGAGCACGAGGAGAUGGAAGAGGUCAUCAUAAAGCAUGCGAUAGGAGUUGAUGUGGAAAAAAAACAACAGUGGCUGAACAAGGAUGACAACGGACUACCUGUAGUCUAAAUGUGGCCACUGUUUUUAAAAAUAUUAAUAAUGAUAUUACGGGUUAAUCAUACAGGUGCCUUUAAGACUAGUACAAUGUUCCUCUUAAUUGUGUGUAACUUUUUCUGUUUUCCGACAUAAUGUAUGUGAGCUUCAGGGGUCAUCCUGGUCUCUGUGGAAAGACCAGGAUGACCCAUUCAGAGGGUCUAAGGCUCGCUUGAGGUUUUAAGUUCAGCAAAUAUCUCCAAUAUUUGUUCACAAGCUGUCUCAAACAGAUGCCAAGGGGCAGAAAGCAUUAUGGUGUAAAAGUAAUAUGAGUUAAAGCAGAUAAGCAGUACUGGAUUGAGCAUGAGAAUAUGAUCGGGAGACACACGCAAAGACUUAUUCUUGUCUUUGUAGUUGGUGAUAGUGACCAUGUGGGAAGUUCACUGAAAAACACUCAAGCGUUGUUCAGAAGCUCUCACUCGCUGCCCCUGUGUGUGCUCUCUCUCUCUCUCUCUCUCUCUCUCUCUCUCUCUCUCUCUCUCUCUCUCUCUCUCGCUCUCUCGGUUCUACUCAGGCGAACGCCAUCCAGUAAAACUGUGAUGUGCACAUUGUCAACUGUUCUCAAUGUUUCACGACUUGUCGCAUUGUUUGCAGCAGUUUGAACCAUUGAGCUCAAUGACCGGACAGCUCCAGUGCAAGCUGUUCACAUGUUAAACCCUCCACUCAAUACAGAUUGAGUCUUGGCUGACAGGUCACUGGGAGAACAUGGCUGCUGUUCUGGAGCAACCACAUUUUCUCACAAUCGAUCCAGCAAAACCAGCUUCUGAAUAAAUCGGAGGCUGGGAGUAGGCUGUGCUGUUGCAGGAUCUCAGACUCGAAUCUUGCAGCCCUAACUGAGGUUUGCGAGAUGUAGUCUGGAUGUAAAAGAGCUUAACCAGAUAGUCUCUUCACUUGCCCUGACACACCAAGCUGACCUCAAAGAAAUAUUAAGGGAAAGCAUUUUUUGGCGGGCAUAGAAAAGUCUGGAUGGAGGCGGUCACUCUCUUGCGUCUCUAUUAGCCUAAAGCUUAGUUUCAGCAUUGAGCUUUCAGCGACUGCAAAAAGUUAAAAAAGCCUUCGAAACCUAAAUCCCAAAAGUCGCCAGCCUUCGAUUACCACGGAGGUCAGAAGGUCAAAGGUCACAGCGCCUAAAUGGCUAGCACAUAAAUGGUUGGAUUAGAAAUCCAGUGACUGAAACAUGAUCCAUGGUUGACAGAUAAGGGAAUGGAAAUGAAAAUAAAAGGAAGAUAACUGUU